AUGGCAUCCGGUCUCCUCUCCCACUCCCCCCUCCUCCUCAAAACCGCCACAGCCCUCUCCCUCUUCCCCCUCUCCCUCGGCCUCAUCGGAACCCUCUCCCCAUCCUCCGGCUACAAAAUCUUCUCCAUCCCACCCCCUACACAAAACGCCGAAGCAUACUCUCUCGGCACGCACCUCUUCCUCUUCUGGGCGUCCCGGGACCUCUUCAUGGCGGCAGCGAUUAACAUCGCGGCGUGGAAUGGGGAUCGGAGGACGUUGGGCAUGGUUUAUUUGGCCAUGUGUGGGGUCGGCGCGUUUGAUGCGUGGACUUGUGAGAGGGUGGUGGGCAAGGGGAAGUGGGCGCAUUUGGGGUUUUUGCCGUUGCUUGUUGGGGUGGGUGGGGGGUUGUUGGGGUGGUUUGAUGGGUGGUGA